AAUGGCGAUUGUGCCAAAAAAUUGCAUCUUAUAUGUUGGAAAAAAUAGUGAAAAAUUACCAUCGAAAUAUUUACAAAAGAGCCUGAACAUCGUUAAAUUGGACAUAAGUAAUAACGCUUUUAAAGAUUUGUCAUUCCUUUUUGCAUUUACCAAUUUACAAGAGCUUGUAGCUGAUAAUAAUAGACUCAGAAUUCCUCUAAAAAUACCUCGACUGGACAGUUUAAGGACCAUAUGUUUGAACAAGAAUAAUUUGGAUGAUUUGAACGCGUUUUUGGACGAAAUAGCCGACAAACUAUCUGGCCUAACCUAUUUAAGUCUACUCGGCAAUCCCAUAUGUCCAACCCUACAGAGAGAGAGUGAAGAUGACGACAUUUUACGUUAUCGGUGCUAUGUAUUGUAUAAGCUGCCAAGCUUGAAAUUCCUAGACUCCUCACCUGUUAAAAUAACUGAACUCCAGAGAAGUCAUACUCAUGGGGAAUUCUAUAGAAUAGCGAGACCUGUAAUUGUACAGGUGAAAGAUUCAGAAGAGGAACUCUUAAAAUCAAAAUUGACACCUUUACCCAUGUUAAAGACAUCCGAAAAGAAAACGUCGUUUGGAAAGUGUAAAUAUAUGUAUAAAGGAAAGCAUUCCGAAGGAAAUAGAUUUAUCAGAAAUGCCGACUUGUGA